GGCAACGCUCAUCUGUAUCCUAGCAACCGGAACAGCACAUUCAGUGCCGUUAGCUAGCUGCUGCGCUACUGAAGGGAUUUUUUAUGUGUUUUUAUUUUCAUUUAUCAUUCUAACGUACAAACUCUUCCGUCGAGCAGAUCAUGGAGAACGUGCAUCUUGCCCCAGAAGAGGAGGAAAAUGACCUCUAUACAGGCUACAAUGACUACAAUCCAACGUUUGACUCCGAGGAUCUAAACAAUGACAUGGGCUUUCAGCAGGCAGUAAAGACGAGUUAUGGAAGAAGACCACCAAUGACAGCAAAAUAUCCUGGCACUGCUAUUGGAGGGCGACCAAUUGGAACAGCUUAUGGAGAAGAACGCUGUCAGGUCAGGAAAGGUGUCAGACUCUUACAGUCUCGAAUGCCUAUUGGUACUGCAAUAGGAAGACCGAUGACCGGAGCUGUUCAGGAUGGUGCAGCCCGUCCCAUGACUGCUGUGCGUGCAGCAGGAUACUCUUCAUCACUGGCUAAAGGCUCAGCGUUUGAUCCGCUGGGACAAUCAAAAGGACCAGCACCUCCGUUGGAGACAAAGAAUGAUGACACUCCAGAGGAGAAGAUAAAGAUCAUGGAAAAGAAAGUGAAUGAUUUAAUAGAGGAGAGCUGUCUCGCACAUGCACGUGGGGAUUUACAACAGUCUCUAGAGAAAGCCAAAGAGGCAGGCAGGAAGGAAAGAGCUCUGGUGAGGCAGAGAGAACAAACAGACACUGCAGACCACAUCAAUCUGGAUCUGACUUACUCGGUGCUGUUUAAUUUAGCCAACCAGUAUGCCAAUAAUGACAUGUAUACAGAGGCCCUGAACACUUACCAAGUCAUUGUGAAGAAUAAAAUGUUCAAUAAUGCCGGACGAUUAAAAGUGAACAUGGCAAAUAUCUAUUUCAAGCAAAAAAACUACACAAAAGCCAUCAAGUUUUAUCGCAUGGCUUUGGAUCAGAUCUCAAAUGCCCACAAUGCAAUGAGGAUAAAGAUCAUGCAGAACAUUGGGGUUGUGUUCAUACACAUGGGUCAGUACUCAGAUGCCAUAACCUCCUUUGAAUACAUCAUGAGUGAGAGUCCCAACAUAAAGACAGGGUUUAACCUCAUCCUGUGCUACUACGCCAUCGGAGACCGUGAGAGGAUGAAGAAAGCCUUCCAGAAACUCAUCAGUGUGCCUCUUGAGAUUGAUGAUGAAGACAAGAAUAUCUCUCCAAAUGAUGACCCUCAUGCAAACAUGGUAAUUGAGGCUAUAAAGAAUGAUAAGCUUCACCAGAUGGAAAGGGAGAGGAAAGCCCUAGCAGAAAAAUACAUCAUGACAUCAGCUAAGCUUAUCGCCCCAGCCAUAGAAUCAUCAUUCGCGGCUGGGUUUGACUGGUGUGUAGACAUAGUGAAGGGUUCACAAUAUGUGGAGUUGGCAAAUGACUUGGAGAUCAACAAAGCUAUUACUUACUUAAGACAGAGGGACUUUAAACAGGCAGUUGAGACUCUGAAGAUGUUUGAGAAGAAGGACAGUCGGGUGAAAAGUGCUGCUGCUACAAACCUUUCCUUUCUCUACUUUUUGGAAAAGGAUUAUGAUCAGGCUGACCGCUAUGCCGAGUUGGCCAUGAGCGCUGACCGCUACAACCCUGCUGCCCUCAUUAACAAGGGCAACACUGAGUUUGUAAAGGAGGACUAUGAGAAAGCAGCAGAAUUUUAUAAGGAAGCUCUUCGCAAUGAUUCGUCCUGCACUGAGGGUCUCUAUAACUUAGGUUUGACCUAUAAGAGACUUGGUAGACUAGAGGAAGCUCUGGACUGUUUCCACAAGCUGCAUGCUAUCCUCAGAAACAGCGCUCAAGUCAUGUACCAGUUGGCCAGCCUAUAUGAGAUGUUGGAGGACCCUCACCAGGCCAUUGAAUGGCUGAUGCAGCUCACCAGUGUGACCCCCACAGAUGCUCAGGUGCUUGCCAAGCUGGGAGAUCUAUAUGAUAAUGAAGGAGAUAAAACGCAGGCUUUCCAGUACUAUUAUGAGUCAUACAGGUAUUUUCCCUCAAACAUAAGUGUCAUUGAAUGGUUGGGUGCAUAUUACAUCGACACCCAGUUCUGCGAGAAAGCUAUUCAGUAUUUCGAGAGAGCGACCCUUAUUCAACCAACACAGGUAAAGUGGCAGCUAAUGGUGGCCAGCUGUUACAGAAGAAGUGGAAAUUAUCAAAAAGCACUUGAGACCUACAAGGACAUUCAUCGGAAAUUUCCAGAAAACAUUGAAUGUUUGCGCUUCCUGGUCAGGCUGUGCACAGAUAUGGGAUUAAAAGAGGUUCAGGAUUAUGCCACCAAACUCAAGAAAGUCGAGAAAAUGAAGGAGAUCAGAGAGCAGAGGGUGAGGUCUGGGAGAGAGAGCAGCGCUCGGAGUCGGAGAGAAGGCAGUGCUGGAAGUGGGAGCAGCUCAAGCCCCAUCACUACCCCUCCUCUGAGAGCCAGUGUUUCUCGCUCUGAAGCUAAAUAUAGCCCUGCAUUGGAACAGGGCAGAGACAGUGGACAGAGCAACCAUGGCACCAGUGCCAAGGGUGAGCGGCUGAGUGUUAAACUGAAGACGCUUCCAGGAUCCAAUGAGCCAUAUGAGGCCAGCAACAAGCAGGAAAUAGAUGCCUCUUAUGUCGAUCCGUUGGGGCCACAAAUCCAGAGACCGAAAACUGCUGCAAAGAAACGUAAUGAGGAAGAUGAUUUUGCUGAUGAAGAGCUGGGAGAUGACUUACUGCCUGAGUAAUACCAGAUCUUAAGACUUUGUCAUUCUGCUUUGCAGAAAUUCUUUGGAUUUAAUGUUAAUAUUGAAUAUUUGCCCAAUACAAUUCAUUUUUACACUGAGACUACAUUUGUCUGGAUUGUCCUCGACCAACAACAUGUUUUGUUUACUGUAUCUGUUGUAUAUGUUUUAUUUUAGAUUACCAGCAGUUGUAAAAAUAUUUAGAAAAUAUAUUCCUUUAUUUAUUCCACUUCAUCAUGUAAUUAUACGCGUUUUAAUUGAGUGCACCAUAUUAAUUGCAUAAAAUAAAAAGAG